AUGGCAUCGUCAAUUGAAUCGAAUUUGGUGGUGAACAAGAGCACCCCCGAGCCUAAUCAACAUACACCUCAGGAUAUCGAAAUAACAGUGUAUGAUGCGCCGCCGAACAGAGGCUUUCGGGCUUGGACACAAGUUAUGGGAUCUUUCUUCCUCUUCUUCAACUCCUGGGGUGUUGUGAAUACAUUCGGGGUCUUUCAGACCUACUACGAAAUCAACCUUCUUUCUGUCCAGUCGUCUUCGAAUAUCUUAUGGAUCGGAGCCAUACAAGCCUUUCUAUUGUUGUUGGUUGGGGUAGUCACCGGCCCACUCUAUGAUGCUAGCUAUUUCCGUGCGUUAAUUAUAACAGGCUCUGGCCUUGUUGUCGUUGGCUUCAUGACUUUAAGCCUAUGCACGAAAUAUUGGCAAAUUAUCCUUGCUCAGGCCCUCUGCAUUGGUCUUGGCAAUGAGUGUCUCUAUAUCCCCUUCGUGGCUAUCCUGCCGCAAUAUUUCUCGUCACGCAAAGCUAUCGCAACGGGGAUUGCUGCAUCCGGGAGUAGCUUUGGUGGCGUGUUAUACCCGAUCCUCUUCAGGCAGCUCCAACCGCGAAUUGGCUUUGCAUGGGCUACACGAGUGCUUGGUUUCAUCGUCCUUGCAACCUCAUUGCUUUCAAUCGGUGUCAUGCGUGCCCGUCGGAUGCCCCCAACAAAACGUGUUUCACUCGAGCUCUCUGCAUUCAAGGAGCCCCCAUAUGCACUUUUUUGCAUAGCCAUGCUCUUAGGAUACAUCGGCAUCUUCUGUCCCAUUUUCUACAUCCAAUCCUACGCAGUCGGCACGGAGACAAUGGGAGAAGAUCUAGCCUUCUACCUCGUGGCCAUACUCAACGCAGCUUCAAUUCCAGGCCGCAUCGUACCUGGCCUCCUAGGACCACGCAUCGGACCCCUGAACAUCUUGCUAACAAGUGCCGCUAUCAGCGGAACACUUAUCAUGUGUUGGAUUGGGAUCCAGAGCUCCAGUGGCUUGGUUGCGCUGGCCGUUCUUUAUGGGUUCAUCUCGGGGGCUUUUGUCUCUCUUCCUGCUGUGGCUUUAACUGGUCUUACGGAGGAUCUGCGAACGCUGGGGACGCGAAUGGGGAUGUGCUCUGUGUUGUGUGGAUUUGGGUCUCUGUGUGGCGCGCCUGUUGCAGGGGCGAUUCUUAAUGCUUCGGAUUCUUAUCUGGGUGUGCAGUUGUAUGCGAGGGUUGCUACUUAUGCCACUGCAGUUUUGCUUCUCCUCUCGCAUGUCUCCAAGGUUGGGGUUAAAUUUAUGGCUAAAGCAUGA